GCCAGUCAGUUAGCACGAGGAGGUGCGGCAGGUGUGUUGGGGUACUGCUGUGUGACUUAUUUUUGUAUGCACAUCGUUGAUGAACUAACAGUGAACUGUGUAGGGCUGUAGUAAAAAAAAAACACAAUGUAUGUUAUUACCACGAUUAUACUCGUGCGUAUGGGAUUGUGCUACGGAUUGAGUUACGAUGACCUUGUGACCAUGGAAGCCGCCUGCUCACCCAUGGACUCAUGUGAACGUGACAAAACAUUAUCGCUGCCUCCCGAAUGGUAUAAAAAAAAUUGCUUUUGUGAUAAGAUCUGUGCGGAAUACGCUGACUGCUGCCUAGAUUCGAAAUAUUAUGAUAUGACAAGGCAUAAAAAGAACCUUAAGAAACACCAGUGUAUUCAUCUGCGGCAGUAUGGCGAUAUUUACACGACAGGAACGUGCAUGGAAGACUGGCAGGACGAGGACGUGUCCAAUCUGUGCCUCACAGGCUCCCCGCAGUCUAGCGGAGAAAGUCCUGACCCAGUAGGUAACCUGCCCGCCACCAGCCUUAACACUUUCAUCACUUACAACAACUACUACUGCGCCAUCUGUAACAAUGACACGCAGGCGCUGAGGGUGUGGCCGACACGCUGGGAGUGUUCCACCUUGAGUAAGAGCUUCACGAACCUUUCAACCCAAUAUGUGAUGACCAACAUAGAGUUUAGAAACCAAAAAUGGGGAGUGAACUUUAAUAAUACUGGAACAUUUGAAUUUCAUGAAUGUUCAUUAUUUCCUGUAUUACCAGAGAAGUUGAAGAACGCGACAAGAAAGUGUUCUCAAGCAAUCACGACGUGCGGGGAGGGAUGGGGAGAUGUGGACGUGGCUGACUUAUGCCAGUCUUAUACAGCCGUGGUUUACAACGAUACAGUUCCCUAUAGAAACCCUCACUGUGCUAGGUGUAAUAACGUCACCCUGGAACAAACAUCUUGUAGGUCUCAAGACAUUACUGGAAGAACGAGAAUUUUUGACUCGCAAGCUUUCUCUCUCUUGUUUGACUUCACUGACACCAGUGGCAGUAACGUGGUUGGGACAACUACAACCUGCCAAGAAUCAGAAAUAUGGGAUCCCUUCUUCAGAAAGUGCAGGAGUGUUGCAUGUAGCAAACGAAAUCAGAAGUUUCAGUACGAUAAAUGCGUCAUCGUCGGUAAUAUCAAUGCCGCUGUAAAUACCGAGCCAAAUAGAGUUCAACCCCCUACUUCUGUAUCCAUAGAUGGUGUAGAGGAGACUGGAAGACGCAAUAAACCCAGAGUGUUGCCGACGGACAACAGAGCAAUCAUCUUUCCUGACGAUACCACCCACAGAGCGCAGAUACAGGCUACAUCAGAAACAACACCACCGAGCAGCACACUAUCUAUCACUAACACAGCUGUUUCUUCGAAUGAAUCUAAUGAAUUUCUUGAAUGUAAUAAAAUACUUCUAUCUGAUAACGAAUUCAUGUUAUACGAGAACGGAACCGUGUUUGUUGAGGCUUAUGACCGCAUCUACCGUGUGGAGGAGUACGAGGUGAAUGAAGGUCACAUCCUGGUGUGUUUGCCACAGACUUCCAUAGAAAAGUUCUCUCAGUUGAUGGGUUGGGUGUCUCUGGCCGGUCUUGGGUUGUCAUGUGUGUGUCUUCUGCUCCAUUUGGUCGUCUUCGUGUUGGUUUCAGAUCUUAGGAACUUACCUGGAAUGAACCUGGCGUCCCUUUGCUUGGCUCUUCUCAUUUCGUAUAUAAGUUUCAUCACAAACGUUUUUGCCAAACCAAGUCCAAGUGGGUGCAUCGCCCUAGCUGCUGUUAUGUAUUACUUCUUCCUAUCCUCUUUCACCUGGAUGAAUACAGUAGCCUUCGACAUCUGGUACACUUUCCGACUAAUCAAAACAGAAUUACGAGUUUCAGGCGGAAAGCAGUGGCAGAAGUUUUUGGCGUAUUCCCUCUAUAGUUGGCUGUUGCCGGCCGUCGCUGUCACCGUUCUUAUCAUGUUCCAUAUACAACAGCCUAAGGGAAUCCCCGAGGAUUAUCUCCCUAGCCUGGGCAAACGCUGGUGUUGGUUUGGCCAUCGCAAGGCUCUGUUGGUGUUCUUUGCCAUUCCAAUGAUCACUAUCAUCAUCAUCAACAGCGUAUUUUUCAUCUGUACUGCCAGAAUAAUCACAAUGACUACUUCAGCCACCUCGACCAUAACUGCAAGUACGCACCACAAGAACCAAUAUAAGCUGUACCUGCGGUUGGCCGUGCUAAUGGGCUUCACUUGGGUCAGCGGCAUCGCAGCCGGCUACCUGCAGCUGGAGGCCGUUUGGUACGUCUUCGUGGUGCUCAACACGCUGCAGGGAGUCUUCAUCUUUUUGGCCUUUACUUGUAGAAGCAAAGUGUGGCGGACUGUGCGCUCCAGGUGCUGCGACAUCCUACAGAGAGUAGCAUCCUGGGCAGCUGGCCGCUCCCACCCCAACAGCCCCGUCGUGGAGCUCACCGAAACUCCAGACCACCAGUCACCUUCGCCCAUUACCUCCACUGAUGAGAGAUGACUGUCCUGUAGUACAAGUAAGCGUCAUUAUCAAAAUACGAAAUGAAUUACAUCGUCAUCACUCUUGACGAACACUCAGUUCCCAGAGGCAGCAAUCAUCAUAACUACCACAAGCCAUCGAUCUUAAUGCCUAUAUUUAAAGUCAUCCACUGUUCCAGUAUUCAUCGUCAUCAUAUAUAUUCUUUUAAUACCUUGUCUCUCUAAGUCUGCAUUUUGUUACCAAGGUUUGAGAGUACCAUCUUUUGGGUGUUAUUUUGGGUUGUCUCGGUAAUCUCCUUAAAACAGUAAUAUAUUUGUUAUUUAAUUCCUAACUUAUUGUGUGUGUGUGUGUGUGUGUGUGUGUGUGUGUGACAUGUUUAUAAACUUCGUGAGCAGAUCAUAUUUUAAAUCUUUCAUUCAUUAACUAUAGGUACAUUCGUUCACCUAAAAUGUUUUAUUUAUAAACAUCCAUCACUUAAAUAUCACUAAUCGAUAUGUAUUAUACGUUUAAAAAAAUAUAUUAUCUUAUGUAUUUCAAAUUUGUA